AAAAUAUACAUGACUAGAGUGAUAGAAUUUAACCAACAUGGUUGAGGAUAAACAUGAGGAAGAUGCAGAGAAACAAGGUUACCAAAUUAAAAAUAUCAAAAGUCAAAACCCACCAAAGCAAAACCUUCGCAGGACAAGCCGACCUACCCUUAAUAAACCUUUCCAUCGAAAUAUAUCAUAUGAUCUGUGCAUAAUGUUCAUCGCAAACUAAAACCCUGUGUGCUGUGCUGCCUAUUAAUCCUAUCCAAAUCAAACCAAGUCAGAACUUAAAACCCACGCGGCUGCAUUUAAAACAUGCCCAACACUCGCUCUCUCCGCCCAUCUGUUUAUAUAUAAAUACGCCUCACAAGCAUUCUUACAAACACCUCACAGUCAUCACUCUCUGAAUCACUUAAACACAAGCAACAACUUCUAACCUUCUCAUCAAUGGCUUUUACUUCCCAUUUGGCCAUCUGGGUCACAUUUUUUCUUGCCCUUUCCUCCUUCCUCAGCCCUUGUACAGCCACCAUGCGCAAGCUCUCAGCUCUCGUUCAACAACAACCACUUACGCUCAAGUACCACAAAGGCCCACUGCUUAAAGGCAACAUCACAGUCAAUGUCGUAUGGUAUGGCAAGUUCUCCCCCAUCCAACGGUCCAUAUUGGUCGACUUUGUUCAGUCUCUGAGCUCCCACCACACCACGCAACCCUCAGUCUCAUCGUGGUGGCAGACUACAGAAAGGUACAGGGGAGGGCCCUGCACCGUCGCUGUAGGGAAUCAAAUCCUCGACCAGACAUACUCUCUCGGGAGAACACUCACGGACCAGAAACUCGCGGCUUUGGCAGCCAAAGCAUCAACAGGUCGAAACGCAGCGGUCAACGUGGUUCUCACGGACGCUGAUGUGGCGGUUGACGGGUUCUGCAUGAGCCGGUGCGGGUCCCACGGGUCGGGGGGCGUGGGGAGAAAGACGGGCAGGCUGGCGUAUGCGUGGGUGGGCAACCCGGGGAGCCAGUGUCCGGGUCAGUGCGCGUGGCCGUUUCACCAGCCGAUGUACGGGCCGCAGACGGCGCCGUUAGUUCCUCCUAACGGCGACGUUGGGGUUGACGGAAUGGUGAUCAGUCUUGCAACGGUUUUGGCGGGAGCGGUGACGAACCCGUUUGAAAACGGCUAUUUUCAGGGUACGAGAGACGCGCCUUUAGAGGCUGUGAGCGCGUGUGCGGGUAUUUUUGGGAAAGGGGCUUACCCGGGUUACCCCGGGGAGGUCGUUUGGGACAAAACGACGGGAGCUAGCUACAAUGCGGUGGGUGUACGUGGACGCAAGUACUUGCUCCCGGCGAUGUGGGACCCGCAGACCUCCACGUGUAAAACACUCGUCUGAGCAAUCGCGUCAACCUGUGCGUGUUGCUAGAAGAUCAUGUAUCAAGAAUGGGACAAUACUAUUGGCUAGUCUCACCCCACCAGCUCCGUAGCAUACUCAUAAUCUCGAACCGGAAGGAGAAUGAGACAAUACUUAGGUGUCGAAAUCUUUCACCAUACAUAUAUUACAAUUGAAACUGUUCAUUUCGUAAAUUAUAAUUUACAAAUUAUUAAGCAAAUUUUUUUUAGUAAUCGAAAACAAA